AUGGCCCGCUUCGCUCUUUUCCUCGCCGCUGCGUGCUUUUCCCUUACACAGGCAGCACCAGCUAAGACCAACUGCAUGGUUACGAUUACGGAUUCAAACGGUGCAGGCGGCGGCGCGUGCUCGGCGGCAAACGGUGAUGGAGGCAUACUCAUGCCUAACGGCGGCCCUAACGUCCUGUACAACCUUGACAAGAAUUGCAAGCUCACCAUUACCAACGGACCUUUUAACGGAAUUACCGGCACGGCAUCUAUCGUCGAUGGCUCCUGCUGA